GAAUUAAGUAGAUAACAAAAUGUCCAAAUUUUGCAAUGAGCUUAUUUCACACACAAAACAACAGUAACAAAACACUCUUCUCUAUGGCCCUAUCACUACUACCUCACACAACACACAUACAACACCUCUCUUCCACCUCCACCUCUCUCACAAACCCUCCCACCAAUCUCUCUCCACCCUCUCAAAACCCUAACUUUCUCACUCCUCCCACAGAUGUCUACAAGCCAAGAACCCUAAAACAGGCCUUCCUUUCUCUCUCUAACUCAUGCCCUCAAACCCCACCUUCCCAACAGGACUACUCAUCCAUUUUAGAGCUCUGUGCUUCCCAAAAAGCACAUUUUCAAGGGUUACAGAUUCAUACCCACAUCAUAAAAUCUAGUUCUCUUUAUGAUGAUGGGUUCCUUGCGACGAAACUCUUGUUCAUGUAUGGGAAGUGUGGGCUUAUAUACGAAGCCCAGCAUCUGUUUGACGAAAUGCCUCACAGAACGAUUUUCGCGUGGAAUGCUCUUAUCGGCGGUUAUGCUUCUAAUGGGCAGUUUUGUAAUGCCAUCAAGCUUUAUAAGCGCAUGCGGGUCUUGGAAGUCGUGCCCGACGCUUGCACUUUUGCUUCUGUACUUAAGGCGUGCGCUGCGGUCGGAGAUUUGUAUUGUGGGGCCGAGAUUCAUGGCUCGGCUGUUAAGUAUGGGCUUGAUUCUAUUACCUUCGUGGCGAAUGCACUUGUUGGUAUGUAUGCAAAGUGCGGCCUGUUUGAUUCGGCGAUGCGGUUGUUUGAUCGGUUGCGCGAUGGUAAAGAUGUUGUUUCGUGGAAUUCUAUCAUAUCGGCUUGCGUGCAGAAUGGGCAGUUUUUAAGGGCUUUGAUUUUGUUUAGGGACAUGCUAAAAGCUGGUAUCAUGAUGAAUUCUUAUACUGCUGUCGGUGUGCUUCAAGCGUGUGCGGAACUGUCUCUUGUUAAAUUUGGUAUGGAGAUCCAUGCAUCGCUCGUGAAGCAUAAACAAGACUUCGAAAUUUAUGAAAGCAAUGCAUUAGUUGUCAUGUACUCUAAAUGUGGUAGGAUGGAUGAUGCCAUUAAGGCAUUUGAAGAAAUGGGUGAGAGAGAUAAUGUAUCGUGGAAUUCAAUGCUCUCUGGUUACGUCCAAAAUGGAUUUUACGAUGAAGCUAUUCAGUUUUUCUAUGAAGUGCUCGAUUUUGGGUUUAUACCAGAUCAAGUUUCAAUUAUAAGUAUCGCUUCUUCAUUGGGUCGUUUAGGGAAAUUAAGGAGUGGUAAGGAGGUUCAUGCUUAUGCUAUAAAACAAGGGUUUGAUUCGGAUUUGCAGGUCGGAAACACGCUAAUGGACAUGUACACAAAGUGUUGCAUCGUAAAUUACACUAUUCGUGUAUUCAACAAAAUGCCCGAUAAAGAUUACAUAUCUUGGACUACAAUAAUAGCAGCUUAUGCUCAGAACUCUCGCUAUUUUGACGCACUGGAAUUGUUUAGGGAUGUACAGGAAAAGGGAAUGAAGGCCGAUGCAAUGAUGAUUGGUAGCAUAUUACAAGCUUGUAGUGGUUUGAGAAGCCUUCCCCUGUUAAGACAAAUACAUUGUUAUGCUACAAGACAUGGGUUACUUGAUUUAGUACUCGAGAACACAAUUAUAGAUGCAUACGGAGAGUGCGGGCGGGCCGAUCAUUCUUUUCGUGUUUUUGAGAGGAUAGAGAAUAAAGACAUUGUGACGUGGACUAGUAUGAUCACUUGUUAUACAUGCAAUGGCUUUUUAAAGGAAGCUCUUGCGAUUUUUGUAAAAAUGGAAGAAGCCAACGUUGAACCGGAUUCUGUGGCGCUGGUGAGUAUUCUUGCUGCUGUUUCUGGUUUGUCGUCAUUAACGAAAGGGCAAGAAAUUCAUACUUUUCUUAUCAGAAGGAAUUUCAACUUGGAUGGAAGUUUAAUCAAUUCUUUAGCGGACAUGUAUGCGCAAUGUGGAGAUAUAGAAGAUUCGUAUAAAAUAUUCAAUGAAGUUGAAUGUAUAGAUUUGGUUCUUUGGACAACAAUGAUCAAUGCUGCCGGGAUGCACGGUCGAGGAAAGGAAGCUGUCGAUCUGUUUGUAAGUAUGCAAAAUAUGGGUGUAAUCCCAGAUCACGUGACCUUUUUAGCCCUUCUUAAUGCAUGUAGCCACUCUGGACUAAUUGAUGAGGGUAAGUUAUUCUUCGAAAUGAUGACGAAUCAAUAUAAAUUAGAUCCAUGGCCUGAGCAUUAUGCUUGCAUGGUUGAUCUUCUUGGUCGAUCAGGUAAUAUAGAUGAAGCUUAUGAAUUCAUAAAAUCUAUGCCCAUAGAACCUACAUCUGCCAUAUGGUGUGCGCUCCUUGGAGCUUGUCGAAUUUACAAAAAUCAUGAGCUCGGGGAAAUUGCAGCAGGGAAGCUUAUAGAGUUGGAGCCAGAAAAUCCGGGAAAUUACGUGCUUAUAUCAAAUGUUUUUGCUGCAAUGGGUAAGUGGAAAGAUGCGAAGGAAGUUAGAACAAGAAUGAACAUGAGAUGCUUGAGGAAAGACCCAGCAUGUAGUUGGAUUGAGGUUGGCGACAAAGUGCAUAUUUUUACAGCGAGAGACAAUUCUCAUGAAAAUUCAGCUGAGAUUUAUUCGAAGUUGGCCGAAAUCAUGCAGCAAUUGGAAAAGGAAGGUGGGUACGCUGAGGAUACUAGUUUUGUUCUGCAUGACAUGGAAGAAGAAGAGAAGAUAAAGAUGUUGCAGGGGCAUAGUGAGAGGCUCGCAAUCGCAUUUGGUUUGAUUCAUACAUCAGAGGGAUCAAUUAUCAGAAUAACUAAAAACCUUAGAGUGUGUGGUGAUUGUCAUGAGUUCACGAAGCUUGUGUCUAAGUUUUCUGGGCGGGAGAUCAUUGUUAGGGAUGCGAAUAGGUUUCAUCAUUUCAAAGAUGGGUCUUGUUCUUGUAGAGAUUUUUGGUGAAUAAGAGUUGUUCUUUGAGAUAGCUCUUUCUUUCAGGGUGAUUGACUGGAAGCAUCGAGUCAUAUGGUUCAUCUCAACUAGCUGAAAGAACUAUCAGAAGAUCGCGGUGCUAAGGCUUUCCAUGGGGACGAGGACAAGAGGACUUGUUUGCUGGUUGGCGGGGGACGGAGCAGAGACGAGGAUCCUGAAAAGCCAGCGGGGACGGAAAUACGGAAGGGCCUCCGGUCCCCACCCCACCCCCUUUGCCAUCCCCACACCCUUCCUGGGAAUCCCUACACCCUUCCUAGGAACAAAUUUUUAUUGACCUAAUCAUCUUUUGGGUCAAGUCAUAGUUAAGUACUUUGCAAUCUAAACACUUAGACUGAGACUUCUUAGCCCUUUCACACUUCUUAACAAGAUUAUUACGACUCUCUCUCUCUCUCUCUCUCUGUAUUAUUAUACAAGAAGAGGAGCUUCUUUUCUCUCCA